UCGUACGCGUGGCUGGGGCAGCUGGUAAAUCGCGCAGAGACGUCUGGCGUGCAGCUAAGCCGGCCAGCCAAAAGUUGUUUGCAUUUGAAUGGGAAAAUCCUAAAACUGGUCGAAAGACCCAGCUCACCUGGACAGUGUUGCCACAAGGGUUCAAGAAUAGCCCUACUCUUUUUGGCAACCAGCUUGCAAAGGACUUGGAAUCCUGGGAAGCCCCAUCCGAAAAAGGAAAAUUAUUGCAGUAUGAGAAGCAGGGCAUUGCCCUGGGAAUACUGGCACAAGACCUAGGUCCAUACCGACGAGCUGUCGCCUACCUCUCUAAACAACUAGAUGCGACUGCAAAAGGGUGGCCUGGGUGUCUGCGAGCGGUGGCUGCCCUGAUAUUGAACAUACAGGAAGCUCGGAAGUUCACUCUGGGCCAGAAAAUGACUGCCUAUGUGUCCCAUACAGUAUCGGCAGUCCUGGAAGCAAAGGGAGGGCAUUGGCUCUCCCCACAAAGAUUUCUGAGAUACCAAGCUGCACUAGUAGAACAAGAUGAUGUACAGAUAAUAGUCACUAAUAUUGUCAACCCAGCUUCUUUCCUCAGCGGUAACGUGGGGGAACCAGUGCACCAUGACUGUCUGGAAACAAUUGAGACGACAUACUCAAGUCGCCCUGACCUGAAGGAAAGCCCCAUGAAGGAUGAGGAGAACUGGUUCACGGACGGAAGCAGUUACGUCCUGAACGGUAAUCGACACGCAGGGUAUGCCGUUACCACCAGUCAAAAGGUAAUAGAAUCAGGACCUCUGCCUGCAAAUACUUCUGCACAAAAGGCAGAAAUAAUCGCUUUAACUCGAGCCCUGGAACUGGCCAAGGGUAAGAUCAUUAACAUAUACACGGACUCCAAAUACGCUUUCGGAGUUGUGCACGCACAUGGAGCAAUUUGGAAAGAAAGAGGACUAUUGAACUCCCAAGGGAAAAACAUCAAACAUGCGGAGGAAAUUUUUAAACUAUUAGAAGCUGUUCAACUUCCUGAGAAGGUGGCGAUUAUGCAUACUAAAGCACACCAAAAGGUGAACUCUGAAUUGGAAAAAGGCAACGAGCUGGCGGAUAGGGAGGCAAAACGGGCUGCCAAAAUAGAGAUAAAGAUGGAAGGAGCACUUAUUCCCGAUAGGCAAAUUUCCCUGGAAAGUAAACCAGAAUAUACCAGGGAGGAUCAGAAACUUAUUGCAGAUCUGGAAGGGACAUAUAACAAGGAAGGGUGGGCUUAUACCCCACAGGGGAAGUUAAUUAUCCCCUCUCGUUUACUAUGGCAUUUCACACGAGAGGAGCAUAGAAAGAGACACUGGGGAGCAGAAGCUUUGUAUAGUCAUUUGAUAAAAGAGAUUGUAGCCAGAAAUUUGUAUACCAUGGUAAGGCAGGUGACUCGACAAUGCAACAUCUGCCUCCGGACUAAUCCCCAAAACGCCCCCAAACUAGAAAUGGGUCAGAUUGGGAAGGGCAACGGGCCUGGGCAACAAUGGCAAGUAGAUUUUACGGAAUUACCAAGAAAAGGGGGGUAUCGAUAUUUGUUGGUACUGACUGAUACCUUUUCAGGCUGGCCAGAAGCAUUCCCUACUAGAACAGCUAAGGCUCGGGAGGUAACUAAAGUACUGAUACAAGAAAUAAUACCACGAUUUGGGGUUCCGGCAAUCAUAUCCUCAGAUAGAGGACCACACUUUGUCUCAAAAGUAGUACAACAAAUUAGCCACCAUUUGGGUAUAGAUUGGCAGCUUCAUACCCCGUACCGCCCUCAGUCAAGCGGUCAAGUGGAAAAGAUGAACCACUUAAUCAAACAGCAAAUUGUAAAAUUGGGGCAAGAAGCAAACCUGACAUGGCCUCAGUCCUUGCCCUUGGCCCUUUUACGCAUACGGACAAGGCCAAGGGCAAGGGAAGGGCUAAGCCCCUUUGAAAUUUUAUAUGGACAACCAUACGGGGUACAAAAAAGGAAUAUCCACACAAAUUGGAGAUGAAAUCAUGAGCUCCUACAUGGUGGCGUUAGGGAAGCAACUCAAUAAGAUCAGAAAACAUGUAAUUGGUACUCGAGGUAGAGGGCUGGAUGGACCUGUACAUGAUAUACAACCUGGGGACUAUGUGUAUGUUAAGUCUCUUACAGAGAAAACCUUGGAGCCACAAUGGGAAGGGCCAUUCCAGGUGCUGCUCACGACGUUUACAGCCAUCAAGAUUAGGGAAUACUCGGCCUGGAUACAUCACACCCGAGUAAAGAAAGCCCAUAAAUCCCCAUGGAAAGUUACCCAAGUUCGGCCAGGAAGAUUACGCUUCUCACGAUAAGUCUGAUAAUCAUUUUUUCUCUAAUGCAUAGUCGAAGGUUCAGUGAAUGGCCAUGGUCCCAGGCUUACAUUGGGCAUACUAAUAAGACUAGAAAUGUGAGCAACCACACGUUGGCUACUAUAGUUAUGCAGGGGACAAAUGUGCCCACAAAAGAAGAAUGGGAUGCCUAUCCAGGAGAACCACAAUUGCAGGGAACAUUGGGACAAGAAAUUAAAAUUCAGAUGCAGAGCAUUUAAUAGCUCUACUUACUGGGCAGGAAAACAAAGGCUGUUUGGGACAAAGCCACCAAUUUUGAAAGGGGAUUCCAAUCUUGGUGGACUAUGGUGAAUUUUACUUAUGACCCCACUACUAACAUAGCUACUGCCUUUGUGCUCACUAUACAUAAUGCCACAGUUUAUGUAAUCCACCCCAUCAUU